AUGGAUUUUUCAGAGGCUUACUCUGACACAUGCUCUACGGUUGGACUUGCUGCCAGGGAAGGCAAUGUUCAAGUGUUAAGAAAACUGCUCAAAAAGGGACGGAGCGUUGAUGUUGCUGAUAAUAGGGGAUGGAUGCCAAUUCAUGAAGCAGCUUAUCACAACUCUAUAGAAUGUUUACGGAUGCUAAUUAACGCAGAUUCAUCUGAAGACUACAUUAGGAGAAAGACUUUUGAGGGCUUCUCUGCAUUACAUUUUGCUGCACAUCGAGGACAUUGGAAGAUCGUACAGAUUCUUCUAGAAGCUGGGGCAGAUCCUAAUGCAACUACUUUAGAGGAAACCACGCCACUGUUUUUAGCUGUUGAAAAUGGACGGAUGGAUGUGUUAAGGCUGUUGCUUCGAUAUGGAGCAAAUGUUAAUGGAUCCCAUUCUAUGUGUGGAUGGAAUGCCCUGCACCAGGCUAGUUUUCAGGAAAAUACUGAGAUCAUAAAAUUGCUUCUUAAAAGAGGAGCAAGCAAGGAAUGCCAGGAUGACUUUGGAAUCACACCUUUAUUUGUGGCUGCUCAGUAUGGCAAGCUAGAAAGUUUGAGCAUACUUAUUUCAUCAGGUGCAAAUGUCAAUUGUCAAGCCUUGGAUAAAGCUACUCCCUUGUUCAUUGCUGCUCAGGAGGGCCACACAGAAUGUGUGGAGCUUUUGCUGUCCAGUGGGGCAGAUCCUAAUCUCUACUGUAAUGAGGACAAUUGGCAGUUGCCUAUUCAUGCAGCCGCACAAAUGGGCCAUGCAGAAAUCUUGGCCUUGCUCAUACCACGUACUCACCGGGUGUGUGACACUGGGCCAGACCAAGUGAGCCCUGUGUACUCGGCAGUGUUUGGAGGGUAUGACUACUGCCUGAAAAUGCUCCUCCAGCAUGGCUAUAACCCUGAUGCCCAGAAGUGCCUCGUCUUUGGAUAUAAUUCUCCUCUCUGUAUGGCUUUCCAAAAGGACGGUGAAUUUUUUGGAACUGUGAAAAUUCUUUUUAAAUAUGGAGCCAAUCUAAAUGAACGUCAUUUGGGAUACUGCCUGAAGUAUGAGAGGUUUUCAGUAUUUCAUUACUUUUUGAAGAAAGGUUGCCCAUUGCCAUCAUGGAAUCAUAUGUCUGAAUUUAUAAAGCAUGCAAUUAAAGCACAGACAAAAUAUAAGGAAUGGUUACCAUCUCUCCUGCUUGCUGGAUUUGACCCACUGAAUCUUCUAUGCAAUUCUUGGAUUGACUCAGUCAGCGAUGACACCCUUAUCUUUACUUUGGAGUUUACUAAUUGGAGGAGACUUCCUCCAGCUGUUGAAGAGAAGCUCUCUGCUCGUGUCUCAAAUUCCUCGUGGGCUCUACAGCAACAUAUUGCUGCUGUUCCAUCCCUGACCCACCUUUGUCGUUUGGAAAUUCGGUCCCUUCUAAAACCAGAACAUCUACGGUCUGAUAAGUUUAUCCGUCAGUUGCCACUACCCAGAAGCCUACAUAAUUACCUGCUCUAUUCAGAUGUCCUGAGGAUGAACGAAGUUCCCGAACUGGCAGUUAAUCAAGAUGGAGAAACCAGCGAAGCUACUUAA